AUGACCGAGGAAUAUUGUACAGACUUCCACACUCUGUUAGCGGAAGACCACGACGUGCAUAAUCUGAGACAUGUUCACUUCGGGAAGACAUUUUGCACCAUGAUUUUCAAGGUGGACAUCAAGGGAUCACCCGGACCCAUGAGACGUUACGUACCGAAUUCUACUGGCUCGUGGAAUAGGGGUUCCCCGAAUGGUGGACCUUCGCCAGGAAAUAUUCAACCACGGUAUCCUUUUAAGGCAGUAUCUAUGGACUUCGUGACCCACAUGCCAGAGUUGGCCAGAGGGAAUACUUUCCUCUUGUUCUUUCAAGACAUGUUUUCAGGAUAUGUGAUGUGUAAACCCAUGUCGUUUAAUACCGCUCAAGAUGUGGCUGAGACUUAUGAGGAACAAGUGUUCCAGAGAUUUGGGGCGUCUUCCAUGAUACGGCAUGAUCAGGACCCGUGGUUCAUGAGUGAAAUAUUCACAAGGUUCCGAGAACUCUUAGGUAGUCGACAACGUGUUACACUCGGGUACCCUCCACAAUCAAAUGGACAAUACCCUACAGCACAUCUUGACAUGGCUUACACCACCCAAGCGGGUCAGGUCCUCAUAUAUCCACAAUCAAAUGGACAACAUGAGAGAUCUGUACAAACGGUCAUUCGGAGUAUUCGAGCAUACGUCGCCGAGAUGGAUCAGCACGAAUGGGAUGAUCACGCUGAGCGACCGAUGUACGCCCUGAAUGUCUCGUUCGACGCGACUAGGUUGGACACCCCUUUCUAUUUAGUUAUUGGUUGGGAUGCCCGAAGUACGGUUUCGGCAAUGUUGGGACCAAAACCUUCGAGGGUUCCUGAACGUAGUGCAUAUGAGUGGCGACGGAAUUUACAGCCUGAAUAUAGUUACGCACUCGCUUGUGCUGAGGAUCUCCAAAAGAAGGCUAAGAGGAUGCGCUCGGAUGAACAAACCCAAAAGUGGGUGGAACUUUCCGAUAGGGUCAAGGCUGGUUUUGAGAAGGGGGACUCCAUCUGGUUAUACAUCCCGAAAGUUCAGACUGGAUUGAGCUGGAAGCUAGCUCACAUGUGA